UCCAGCCGUGGAGACCGGGAGGAGAGAAAUGAGGCAUGUAGUAGCAACUCAGUCUGUCCUUUAUUCCAUUGUUCUCCUGCUAGCCUUAAAGAUUUGUUCUGCGAUUCUGUGAGACACGAUUUACCAGGAAAAGCCUCUUUUCCUGCUUUGGAGGACAUUCCCCAUUCAUUCGUGAAGGAGAUUCCUGUUUCGCAAACCUUCCUCCUAUAACCCCGUGCUUCUUGUGCGAUGUUCUGAUGUUAUAAUCCCACUUUGGCUGCGGUCGUAUGAGUGGUUAGGGUUGGCAGUCGUGCCUCUGAAGUUGGGACAACGGAGCUCAGUGGGGAGUCGGACUCCAGCGGAGGACAAAAGAGGGAGGAACCUCAGGAGACGGUUUGACUUUGAAGAGUGCGCCGUCUUUUCUUGUGGAGUUGCAUCGUCUCUGACAAGCCGUUGAUUCUAAGAAGGAAAAGCGGGUCUGAUGCGGGACAACGGCACAAGGUGUUGGAUUUGAGGGUCGUCUGUUUGUGGACAAACCAGGGCAGGAAAAAAAACUCUAUUUUGUGUAUUUUACACAGAGGGAGAAAGUAUUUUGUUUUUGGGAGAUCUUUAACAGUUCUACACCAUGGCAGGGAUGUACGGAUGCUUCAAGAGCAGAAAAUUAAACGGAGGAUGUCGCCAUGGGGAACCGGCUUUGGAAGUGGGCCCAGCAGCACCGGCGCUGCCAUGUCUUCAGGACCUCCAGAUGUGACGGUCAGCCAGGAGCCUGCUGAGGUCCUGGAAGAGUGCUCAGGAAAGAAGAAGUCCAAGUUUCAGACGUUUAAGAAAUUCUUCGCCAGGAAGAAGAGGAAGGAGCCGCCGGCCGCUGGAGCAGACGUGGGGCUUAGAGGCAGCCGAUCGAGCGACAAUGUCACCGAAACGUCCCAAAAUAACACGCUCACUCGAUCAGAGAAGGAUAAAGGCUCUGGGUCAAAGAUCAGCCAGGGUAGCAAGGCCUUGUCUCACGACUCUGUCUUUGUUUCGGAGGCGUCGGAGGCCACCGAGGCUCUGGGAGCAUCUCAGGACAGCAUUCAUGGGAAAGUGAAAUCCCUUCAGCUCCAGCUGAGGCAGGCCAUCCGGCUGGGCUCCCCUCCAUCCCUCAUGUGUGUGAAGAGGACGGACGAUGCUGGAGCCAUGUCUGAGGAUGACGGCCUGCCCUGUAGCCCACACGAUUACACAACGCCGCACACGGUCAUGAGUAACAGCUCCAUCAGUCUGGAAGGAAUAGACAGUGACAGUGACCAGGUGUCCUGCCAGGCGGCCUCCAGCAGAGCAGUGAGCCCGCUGGUGGUCCCGGGGGACUUCAGUCAGCCGGCCAGUCCCUUCGGCUGCCUCGAUAACUCUGCCGCCAAACACAAGCUGGGCCUCAGACACAAAGCCGGCAACAGGAGGAAACCCGUGGCAAGGCUUGAGAUGAGAGCAGGGGGCGACUCGGCGGGGGAGGAGAUCCUGAAUCCCUCCCCAGCAGAAGCUGCAGAGGAGCGAGGGCCCCAGAGGACAGCAGAAGUUGCCAGUGUUGAUGAGCUGAAACCAAAGGCGGAUAGGGAGGAAGAAUCCGAAGGAGGGGAGGAGGUAGAGGAGGAGGAGCAGCAGCAAAAGCAUUCCAGACACUCCCUGUUGAGGCACGAGGAGGAGGAGGAGGAAGGAGAGGACCAGUCUGAAGCUGAGCAGGAUGUUUCUCACGGCCCGGACGCGUCCUCUCCUGUGGAGCUGCGUCUCUCUGAUGAAGAAGCCCCGGACGCCGAGGCCCGGCCCGCCUCCAGGGACUCUUCUCUGCACAGUGACGGGGCCACGCCAGAGCCCCCUGCCACUCAGAGGGAGUACUUGCUGGACCCUCCAGGCGUGGCCUACGGAGCAGAGAAGAGAGGGGCACAAAGGGACUUGGCACUGAGCGGAGAAGAAGAUGGAGUCCAGGGAAACAUGGAGGAGGAGAGCUCCUUCUUACAGGAAGUGCUGAGCUCCUUGAAGACUCCCCUCUCUUCGUGCUCGCUGGACAGGGAGCCUGAGGGCGUUGUCUUGGAGAUGGAGGAGAAGGAGGAGGUGAAGGAAAGGGAAAGAGAAGAUGUCGAUGUAGAGGAAGGGGAGGAGGGGAAGGAAGAGGAAGCGGCCGAUGGCUCCCCCCAGUCAGACCACUCCGCAGAGGAAGAGGCUCCUGCUUUGAACACUCCUUCUGGUCGAGAUGUUGAAGAAGAAGAAGAAGAAGAAGAAGAAUCACCAGAGGAAGAGGAACUUGUGGUGGAUAACGUCUGCCACCAAGAUCGAGCAGAGGACAGAGAGAAAGAUGCUGAUGAAGUCACACAAGAUGAUGUCACACCCGAUGAUGUCACACCCGAUGAUGUCACACCCGAUGAUGUCACACCCGAUGAUGUCACACCCGAUGAUGUCACACCCGAUGAUGUCACACCCGAUGAACAAGAUGCCUCAGAAACAAGCACCGCUGUCCACCAGGCGGAGGGGAAAGAGGACGAGGACAGUGAGGGAGAGGAGGAGGCGAUCGAGCUGGUGAAGGAGCCCGAAGUGGAGGAGGAGGGAAGGGAGAAGAGGGAGGAGGAGGAGGAGGAGAAGGAGGAGGCGGAGGCGGAGGAGGCAGAAGUGAGAGUGGAGGAGGCGGAGGAGGCGACAGAGGAAGAGAGGGAGGGCGCGGAGGAGGUGACUGAGACGUUUCAUGCAGCAGCAGACGAGGAAGCUGCCAUGUGGGAGGAGGGCGUGGACGUCGGGGUUGGAGACGUGGGCUUGCACUUGAACGACGACGAGACCGAGCUGGGCGAAGCGGCGGCGCAUCGGAGUCAGGCUGCUUCCGAUUGGAGCUCCGGAGGGCAGAGGGAGGACGGAGAAGAGAGGGUGGAGAAAGUGGUGGAGAUCGGCCGUUCAGAACACCAACCGGAGGAAGAGGAGGACGAGAGUGAACGAGACCCGCGGCAGGAAAGGCUAGAAAUGUGCGAGGAGCAAGCUAACGUCUCUGCCAAGCCUCCUUCUUUGUCCCUUCCAGGGUCACAAGAGAGCGCAACCAGCACUCCCAGUAAGACCAGCAAGACCUCCAUCCACAUAAAUCUACUCUCUCCAAGCUCAGAGAAAGCCGCGCCUUUCUUCCACUGCUCCCCAGCUGCUGCAGACCCCGGCCAAGGAGGGACACCUGGUCCCGCCGUCGCAGACGCAGAAGAGGGAGAACCAGCAGACGAUGUGGGAGCCGAGGAAGAGGUAAACCAUUCGGCCCUGGAGGGAGCGGCCACCGGCUCUGAGAAAACUAACCAGCCGCCCAGCGGCUCGGAUCGGAGCAAAGCACGCUUCACCAUCGCCCCCGCCCGGCGGAGGUCACUCUCUUUUGAAGAAGCCGAGGAGACCUCUCCCUCCUCUUCGCCGUCCUCCUUUACAGGACCCGGAGUGGUGGAGGCGGACGCCGCGAAAAGCAAGGACCCCAAAGUGGAGGCGGAGCCCAAAGUGGAGGCAGAACCGGCCAGUUUGUCACAGGUGGAGCCGGUUUUGAGCCCUGGUCGAUUGAGGAGUGUCGGGGCCGCCUCAGCUGCCCCGCCUCCAUCCUCCAUUCCACCUCCGACCACAGCGAGCAGAGAAGAGAGCCUGGUCGUAGCGGAGGGGAACCCUGACAGUCCUUUUGGAGUUCGGCUGAGGAAGACGUUGGCUCUCCACACAGAGCCUCCCGUGGAGCCUCCAGCUCAGCCAACCAGCUGUACGGUUGACUCGCCGCAGCCAAUCAGCAUGAAGCCCUCCAUAAGUCAGCCGGUCAGCCUCAAGCCCUCCCUCUCCAAGAAACCAGAUGUAAACAAGCGCAUGUCAGACCCGGCUGUUGCUCGCAGUCCUUCUGGUGGAUCUGAUCCUCCCAGCUGGAUUUCUGUGGCCAAACAGAAACAGAAGAUCUACAAAGAAAACUCGCUUGAUGAGAUCACAGUCAAGAAGGAGGAGCAGGAGAGGAGGGGUUCAGCGCUACUGUACGUCAGCUCGGCUGACAGAACAACGGAGGGCAAAGCAAAUCCGCUGGAGACCAGUAAGCAUCUCGCGUCAGUAGAGAAAGAGGCCAGGAGGUCUCUCUCUCCUCCGACUCCGGUGCCCCCUCAGCCCCUCAAAUUCCAGUCACCACCCUGCCCCGUUCCUCCGAAACCCAAGCUCCCACCGCCCACCGCCAAACACUCACCCCAACCCACGGUACCCCAAAGGUCCCUGUCACCCCCUGCUCCCAUUACCGGGCCCAAAAAAUCGCCCUCCUGCACUAACCCGCCAUCGCCCGCCAAAACGGCCCCCUCGCCCAAGACGCCACAGCCCCACGGCACGACACCUACCUCCCCUCCCUUUUCCCCGAGAGCCGCCCCGGAGCCAAAGUCUGGCUCAAGAGGCGCUGCGGGGGUCCACAUCCAAAACCCGGCGUCGCCCCAGGAUGAGCCUCCCUGGAUGGCCCUGGCCAAGAAGAAGGCCAAAGCCUGGAGCGAGAUGCCCCAGAUCGUCCAGUGACGGAGGCCGGGUGCAGUGAGAGCUUGUGAAUAUGGGCCCAAGUGGGUCGGGUCUGACGGGGGGGCUGAAGCCGUGCUGAGAGUCUGUUUGCACCAGAAUGCAUUUGCACACAAAGAGUUGCUGUUUUCUGUUGUUACUUCCUGGUUUCUAUCCUGGCUUAAGUCUUCAGAUUGGUGCAAACCAGCCAAUCACUGCCAAAGACGUGACCAGUCGAACUCCUUCAUUCUCUACGUCCUUACGUACAUUGGUGUGUUUUUUAAAUGGCAGGGUGGGACCCCCAAACAUUAUUGCAUCUUACUUGAAGUGGAUCCUUUUCUUUUUUUUUUUCAACAGUCUGAUUGUGUUGAAAUGUGCCUGAAUGAGAAGAAAUACCUGCAGUGUCGCAGCAGAGGAAAGUAUAUUAUAUGUUAUUAAAAGAUUCCGCCCAAUAUUAGUAAAUAAAGAAGACAGGAUUAUUUUAUUAAAAGUAAAAGAUUUAUUCAUUGAAAAUUGGUGAGAAGAGAUGAUGAAGACAAGGAGACAAAAAUGUGUGUGUGUGUGUGUGUGUGUGUGUGUGUGUGUGUGUGUGUGUGUGUGUGUGUGUGUGUGUGUGUGUGUGUGUGUGUGUGUGUGUGUGUGUGUGUGUGUGUGUGUGUGUGUGUGUGUGUUUAUUGUAAGCUGUGGUACAGGCUCACGUUUUGAGGAAUGUUGGAAAUACCACAGGAUACCAAACGGGACGUUAUCCAAGUUAAGUGCAGUAAAAACAUGAGUCAUGAGUUUUAGUGAAAGCGUUUCCUCAAUCUGCCGUCAGAGUAUCUUUAGAAAUAUGUUUCUUACACGUUCCACUGAAACUAAACCUUUGAGCCAACGUGUCCUAACACUCAUCAUAAAUAAUAUCAUCAAUUUUGCAUCUGGCAUAACUAACCCCAAAAGGUCCUCUUUUCAGGAAUCAAGGAAAACUAUUAUCACGUCCACUUUCAUCGGUUUUUAAUACUUUAAAGUGCAUCAAGUUGGCCGCGUGUUAGGAAACAUUUUUUUUCCGAU